GAAUUGAAAUUGCUUUGAAAACACCAAGACCUCGUCUUUUCACUAGAGCUGUUUUUCCCAGAAGGUGCCCCCAGGGGGUAGCGGGGAGAAGCGGGGGGACCCUGAGGGCAGGGGUCUCACCCUCGGGGUUCCUCUGGCUGCAGGUGGACCUGAGGAGUCUUUGCCUGGGGACGAUGAAGACCUGCCUGCUGCCCAGGGUGGCCCUCUGCCUCCUGCUGGGGGCUCUGGCGGGGGCCAAGCCUGUGCAGGACGAGGGAGACCCCUAUGCCGAGCUGCCGGCCAUGCCCUACUGGCCUUUCUCCACCUCCGACUUCUGGAACUACGUGCAACACUUCCAGGCGCUGGGGGCCUACGCCCAGAUCGAGGACAUGGCCCGCACCUUCUUUGCUCACUUCCCGCUAGGGACCACCCUGGGCUUCCACGUCCCCUAUCAGGAGGAGUGAGGGGCCCCAGCCUGGUGGCCAGGGCAGGCGGGGACCUGGGGGGCCUCGGGCCUCAGCUCAAUAAACUCCUGACUUAAAAUGCACAACACACUGUGGUUUUCUUUCAAGAGACAGACGUUCCCCUUCUCGUUGACAAAUGCGCCCGCUCCUUGCGUACCAGCUAAGCUUUAAUACACAUGUGCGCAGUUCCUGUCCACAGAAGACACAGCAGCUCUGGCUCAGGACUCGCCGCUUUAUGUGCCACUUGCUCACCUAGUCCUCACAGGGACCCCAGGAGGGUGCUGCAGGUCCCCAGAGGGUGGUGGGGAAACAGAGGCAAAGAGACACCAGGCAGCUGCCUGACUUGUUGACGGAACCCCGAACCCGUCCAGGCGGCUUCGCCCCUGAGCCCCUGCCCUCGGCCCCUGGGCCAGGCAGCAGACAGACCUGCGGUGGCCAGCCCUGGCGGCCACAUUCACACUCAGCCCGCUCUCGAGGGCAGUUCACACCAGCAGGAGCCCCAUCUGUGAGGAAGCGCCAGGCACCUGGGUGCGCUCGGUGUGCGGGAAGCGGGCUGCCCUGCCACCUGUGCAGUCCUGAGGGCAGGUGGCGUGCACGGUGUCUUGGGGACCGUCCAUUCACAUGGGGGCAGCGACUUUGCAGGUGGUGAGCCCUCGCAGGCGGGCGUGCAGGCUGGCCCUGCCGGUCACACCCCAUCAGAUGAAACAGACCGGUCCAAUGGGCUGCAAUCAGCUUCACCAUUAAAAUCAAAUAACAGAAAGGAUCGUCUAUUUCACUGCAGAUGCUGGUACUUGUACGAGCUUCU